CAGAAAACAAGCAAAAGAACUCUCUUUAUCAGGUCCCUCAUCAGGGAAGUUGCUGGUUUUGCUCCUUAUGAGAAGAGGAUCACUGAGCUUUUGAAGGUCGGUAAAGACAAGAGAGCUCUCAAAGUUGCCAAGAGGAAGUUGGGAACCCACAAGAGAGCCAAGCGAAAGAGAGAGGAGAUGUCUAGUGUUCUCCGCAAGAUGAGGUCUGGUGGAGGUGCUGCUGCAACUGAGAAGAAGAAGUGAUGCAGUAGUGACUCGCGUUGGUUCAGCAGCGUGGUUCCUCGAAUUUUGUGUUUUUAGAAUUUUUGCCUAAUGUUUCUUUGGAUACUUUGUAGCAAAGAUGAUUUAAUGUUUGAAAUGAAACGAAACCAUUUUGGAGCGA